CCGUCACCGCCUCUCCCGGCUGUCUUCCUGCCCCUCCUCUCCCGACAGGGGCGUCAGGAAUGGGCCCCAACGGCCACGGGCCCCGCUCGCUGAGCUGUCCGUAGGCCCCAGCCGCCGGAGGCUGGCCGGGCGGCCUUUCACCACCCCUCGCCCCAUCCAAGCCGACCCCACCCCAAAUCCUUGGGAAGGAAGAUGAGGGAGACGGGCCCAACGCUCAGCAGCCAGAGCAGCAGCAGUAGCAGCGGUCGGGGGAGGGUGUUUCGCCGUUUCCUCUUAGCCGCCAGGACAAGAUGGCAGCGGCCGCGGAGAGGGGCUGAGCCCGGGCUGGGUGGUGCCGCCUGCUGAAGCGUCUGGCUCCCUGUCCCCGGCACGGCCCCGCACCCCACCCCGGACAUGCUCAGGGUUGCGGCCGCCCGAAGAAGGGAGAGCUCGGGCCUCUAGGAAGGUAUGGCCUCACAAGUCUUGGUCUACCCACCAUAUGUUUAUCAAACUCAGUCAAGUGCCUUUUGUAGUGUGAAGAAACUCAAAGUAGAGCCAAGCAGUUGUGUAUUCCAGGAAAGAAACUAUCCACGGACCUAUGUGAAUGGUAGAAACCUGGGAAAUUCUCAUCCUCCCACAAAGGGUAGUACUUUUCAGACAAGGAUACCAUUUAACAGACCUCGAGGACACAACUUUUCAUUGAAGACAAGUGCUGUUGUUUUAGAAAACGCUGCAGGUGCUACAAAGGUCAUAGCUCAGGCGCAGCAAGCCCAAGUAGAGGCACCUCAGGCAGGGGCUUGGCGAAACAGGUUAAAUUUACUAGAAGGCUCCCAGCGAUGUGGAUUGAAGCGCAAGAGUGAGGAGUUGGAUAAUCAUAGCAGCGCAAUGCAGAUUGUUGAUGAAUUGUCCGUACUUCCUGCAAUGUUGCAAACGAACAUGGGAAAUCCAGUGACAGUUGUGACAACUACUACAGGAUCAAAACAGAAUUGUACCACUGGAGAAGGUGACUAUCAGUUAGUACAGCAUGAAGUCUUAUGCUCCAUGAAAAAUACUUACGAAGUCCUUGAUUUUCUUGGUCGAGGCACUUUUGGCCAAGUAGUUAAAUGCUGGAAAAGAGGGACAAAUGAAAUUGUGGCAAUCAAAAUUUUGAAGAAUCAUCCUUCUUACGCACGUCAAGGUCAGAUAGAAGUGAGCAUAUUAGCAAGACUCAGUACUGAAAAUGCUGAUGAAUAUAACUUUGUACGAGCUUAUGAAUGCUUUCAGCACCGUAACCACACUUGUUUAGUCUUUGAGAUGCUGGAACAAAAUUUGUACGAUUUUCUGAAACAAAAUAAAUUCAGUCCCUUGCCACUAAAAGUAAUUCGGCCCAUCCUUCAACAAGUGGCCACUGCACUGAAAAAAUUGAAAAGUCUUGGUUUAAUUCAUGCUGACCUCAAACCAGAGAAUAUUAUGUUGGUGGAUCCUGUUCGGCAGCCAUACAGGGUUAAAGUAAUAGACUUCGGAUCUGCUAGUCAUGUGUCAAAGACUGUUUGUUCAACAUAUCUACAAUCUCGGUACUACAGAGCUCCAGAGAUUAUAUUGGGGUUGCCAUUUUGUGAAGCCAUAGACAUGUGGUCGUUGGGAUGUGUGAUUGCAGAAUUAUUCCUUGGAUGGCCGCUCUACCCAGGAGCCUUGGAGUAUGACCAGAUUCGAUACAUUUCUCAGACUCAAGGUUUACCAGGAGAGCAGUUGUUAAAUGUGGGUACAAAAUCCACAAGAUUUUUUUGCAGAGAAACAGAUAUUUCUCAUUCUGGUUGGAGAUUAAAGACUCUAGAAGAGCAUGAGUCAGAGACAGGAAUGAAGUCUAAAGAAGCCAGAAAGUACAUAUUCAACAGUCUGGAUGAUAUAGUGCAUGUGAACACAGUGAUGGAUCUGGAAGGAAGUGAUCUUUUGGCUGAGAAAGCUGACAGAAGAGAAUUUGUUAGUCUGUUGAAGAAAAUGUUGCUGAUUGAUGCAGAUUUAAGAAUUACUCCAGCUGAGACUCUGAACCAUCCUUUUGUUAAUAUGAAGCAUCUUCUAGAUUUUCCUCAUAGCAACCAUGUAAAAUCCUGUUUUCAUAUUAUGGAUAUUUGUAAGUCCCAUCCAAAUUCAUUUGACACAAAUAAUCACAAUAAAACAUCACUUUUAAGACCAAUUGCUUCAUGCAGUGCUGCUAAUCUGACAGGAAAUUUCACUAAAAUUGGCACAUUAAGAAGUCAGGCAUUAACCACAUCUGCUCAUUCAGUUGUGCACCAUGGAAUACCUCUGCAGGUGGGAACUGCUCAGUUUGGUUGUGGUGAUGCUUUUCAGCAGACACUGAUUAUCUGUCCCCCAGCUAUUCAAGGUAUUCCUGCAACGCACGGUAAACCCACUAGUUAUUCAAUAAGGGUAGAUAAUACAGUGCCACUUGUAACUCAGGCCCCAGCUGUGCAGCCACUACAGAUCCGACCAGGAGUUCUUUCUCAGCAGACAUGGUCUGGUAGAACACAGCAGAUGCUGGUACCUGCCUGGCAACAGAUAACACCCUUGGCUCCUGCUACUACUGCACUAACUUCUGAGGGUGUGGCUGGUUCACAAAGGCUUGGAGACUGGGGGAAAAUGAUUUCACACAGCAAUCAUUAUAGCUCAGUGAUGCCGCAACCUCUGCUAACCAAUCAGAUAACUCUCUCUGCCCCUCAGCCAAUUAGUGUGGGCAUUGCACAUGUUGUCUGGCCUCAGCCUGUCACUACCAAGAAAAAUAAGCUGUGCCAGAACAGAGGUAUUUUGGUAAAACUAAUGGAAUGGGAGCCAGGAAGAGAGGAAAUAAAUGCUUUCAGUUGGAGUAAUUCAUUGCAGAAUACCAAUAUCCCCCAUUCAGCAUUUAUUUCUCCAAAGAUAAUAAAUGGGAAAGAUGUCGAGGAAAUAAGUUGUAUAGAAACACAGGACAAUCAUAACUCAGGAGGAGAGGCAAGAAAUUGUUGUGAAACAUCUGUCAGACAGGACUCUGAUUCUUCGGGUUCAGACAAACAGCGGCAAACCAUCAUCAUUGCUGAUUCCCCAAGUCCUGCCGUGAGUGUGAUCACUAUCAGCAGUGACACCGAUGAGGAAGAUACGUCGCAGAGACAUUCACUCAGAGAAUGUAAAGGGAAUCUAGAUUGUGAAGCUUGCCAGAGCACUUUGAAUAUUGAUCGGAUGUGUUCAUUAAGUAGUCCUGAUAGUACUCUGAGCACCAGCUCCUCAGGACAGUUCAGCCCAUCGCCUUGCAAGAGACCGAACAGUAUGUCAGAUGAAGAGCAAGAAAGUGGUUGUGAUACUGUGGAUGGCUCUCCAGCAUCAGAGUCUUCAGGGCAUGACAGUCCAUUUGCAGAGAGCAGUUUUGUGGCGAACUCUCAUCAGAACACAGACCUGGUAACCUCUGCUGACACAAAAACCAAACCAGCUGUUUGUACUGUUGUGGUGCCACCAAUGGGAUUAGAAAAUGGAUUAAAUGCUGAGCAUAUGGCAAACACAGAUUCUGCAUGCCGGCCAUUAAUAAAAGGACGAUCCAUUCCUGGAAGAUUAAACCAGCCUUCUGCAGUGGGUGGUCGUCAGCAGAAAUUGACGUCAGCAUUCCAGCAGCAACAUUUGAACUUCAGUCAGGUUCAGCACUUUGGAUCUGGGCAUCAAGAGUGGAAUGGAAACUUCGGGCAUCGAAGACAGCAAGCUUACAUCCCUACUAGUGUUACGAGCAAUCCAUUUACCCUUUCUCACGGAAGUCCCAGUCACACAGCAGUGCAUGCCCAUCUGGCUGGAAAUACUCACCUCGGAGGACAGGCUACUCUGCUUCCAUACCCAUCAUCAGCUGCCCUCAGUAGUGCUGCACCAGUGGCCCACCUCUUAGCCUCUCCAUGUACCUCAAGACCCAUGUUACAGCAUCCAACCUAUAAUCUCUCCCAUCCCAGUGGCAUAGUUCACCAAGUCCCAGUGGGCAUAAACCCCCGUCUGUUACCAUCCCCAACCAUUCAUCAGACUCAGUACAAACCAAUCUUCCCACCACAUUCUUACAUUGCAGCAUCACCUGCAUAUACUGGAUUUCCAUUGAGUCCAACAAAACUCAGCCAGUAUCCAUAUAUGUGAAAACUCAAAACAGUAUAUUGAGGAAGCUCAAUGAUAUAAACAUUUGAUUAAAAAUAAAAACAUGGUAUUUAAUAAAUAUUAGCCAUGGCACAAGAAAAUUAUUUUUGAAUCAUGUAGACUUGGGUGCAAUUUAAACAACUUUGAGCUUUAAAAAAAAACUCACUUUUAAUGUGUUUUGCACAUUUGGUAUAACUUGUCUUUGGUCAUGUUAUCUUCUUAUGUAGUAACUCUAGACAGGUGACUUAUGGGAGCAGAAGUCCAGUUUUGCUCCUGCUAUUUUUUAUAAAAUUGCCUUCUAACUAGUGCAAGACACGUCCACAUUUGGGAAGCCAUUCUGUGUACAGACUUGGAGCAACAGAUGCACAUAUGUCAGAAUUACAGCAUAUAAGUGAAUUGUAUUAUCUCUGUCUUAGUGUAUAAAUGUUGGGUCACUUACCUGAGAAAUUGAGCUAUUGUUCUUUACAUUUGCAUGUGUCUUUUGCAUGGGCAAAAUGUUGCCUAGACUUUGCUCUUAAAUGUUGUUCUAAUAAUCUCAGCUGCAUUGUAAACCGUUCCCACACAUAGUGCCUUAAAUAUUUGAGGUUGUUAAUGUUAUUACCUAUUAUAAAUGUUGAGGACUGCAGCACUUAAAAUUCAGACCUGCUCUUUACUUUUUUUUGAUAGAGUAAUGUUCAGUUUUGGUUUUGUGUGGUAUGAUUUUGGGUAGUAGCUAUUUUUUCCUUAUUAAGAGGGCAGCAUGUUUGCUAUAGCUAAAUUCUGCUGUCUGAUUUUUCAGAAUGAUCUAGCUUCAAGAAAAGCAAGCAGUUAGUAGUGCUUAAGAAAAAUUGAGUCAGUAUCUAAUGGAUAGUUGAUAACUGUCACAACACAGCAUUUUAUAUACUGUUAAGUGAAACUGCAGUACAAUCUAGGUUUAUUUUGGGAGUGUUUGCUGUAUGUAUAAUUGGAUUAAAAAUGUUUAGCGGUGCAGUAGGCAUGACUUUGGAUAGAUAAUGAAAGAAAAUGCAAAAUGCUCAUUGAUUCAUGACGUGGUUUCAUCUUAGCUCGGGCAAACCAUGCAGUAUUUAAUAAAUAGUAGCAGAAUAUUUACUAUUGAAGCUUGAAAAGAUGUGAGUUCUUUGUGUGCAAUUUUUCAUUUAUGCAUGUGAGGUUUUUUGUUUUGUUUUUUUAAAAAUAUUUUUACGUUGUAUUUGUUUUGCUUGUUGGUGGUGUUUGCUUAUUUAAUACAUUCCGUCAGGGACAGAAAUUACAUGCUUUUUUUUUUCCCCCCUAGGAAGUGUUUCUUGGGUUUUUCCCUUCUAUUCUGUUUUUUUUUUUUUAAAUUGUAGUGGUAGUUAUGUUUCAAUGAAGUUGUUUUUACAGCACCAAAGACUUAAUCAUCCAUUUCCUAUAUAAAAGGUAGCUACUUUUUGUGUAGACCUCAAGUAUAUUGUAGUGUAGAGAUGGAAUUUAAGGAAAGGUAUUAAACUGAGGCUGUGUUUUAGCUUAUGGGCAAGUAAUAAAUUGUAUCAUUUAUCUUGAAUGUAUCAUAGAUAAGCUGCUAUAUAAUGAUUGCCACUUCAGAUAGCUGUGAAAUUAGGUGAUUAACUAGUGGUUAUUUAGCCUUCUAAUUUCUGUAUAAGUCUAAUUAUAUGAAAUAGAAGUUGGGGUUUUGAUUUUUUACUUUGCUUUUCUGUUUGGAGUGUCAUUGUAACUACUGUAUUGUAAAUGAUGGAAAAUAAUUGCAUAUGUUAUUUUGGGGUGUGUUUUUGCAUCAGUAUUUUAUCUCUAUUAAUGUUUGUGCUCAUCACUGCAUAUAAAAAAAACUUGGUUGUAUCAAUGUAACUUAAUAUUUUAUUUUCAUACUGGCAUUGUAGACACUUCAGAAAGCUGUAUCUUGCAGGCUUGACUUAACUUUUUUUCCUCAAAUCUGGAAUGUAAUCUUACAGCAUUUACUGGAAUAAAGAGUACAAAGCAUUUGAGUGUAAAACUCUCCAAAUGUUUUGAACUUAACAGCAUUUCUUUGAUGAAUGAAUUGCAUACCACUAAUACAGCUCCAGGACAGCUCUGACAAUAAGCUAAUAAUGGAUAAACUUUUCUUUACUCCAUUAACACAAGCAGUGUUUUAUUUAAUAAUCAUCAAUGAAAUAAAUGUGCCUGAUAUUGAUUUUUAAGAUUACAGUAUUAGAUCAUAAAAUAAAAACCAGCAGUACAUUUUUAGUCACACUGAAAAUGAAGGACUUAAUUUUCCCCACAAGUUUCAGUGUUUUUAGUAAUCAAUUCUAUGCAUUUUAUAUAAAUAUAAAUAAAUAAAUAUAUAUAUCUAUAUAAUACACAUUAAAAAAAAAAGGAGUAGCCUGAUUAAUUUAAAAUAUUAUGUACGGAUGACAAAUUUAUGGAGUCAUUGUUUAAGUAAACUUGCUGCCCUCCACAGCCUUCUGAUUUUAUUUAUAUGGUCCAGCAGAUUAUUGACAUCUGCUCACUCUUGGAAACAAAAUCUAGUGCUCGUAAUGGAUGUUUCAGAAACACCAAGUACAAAACUGGUGCAGUUUUCUUUUUAUUCAGAGCCACGUUCACAUGUUCCCUGAAAUGUCUGUAUUUAAGUUCUAAGACUGAGAUAGUCUUGUUAAAUUGACAGUAAAUGGUAAACGUCAACAUUUUCAUAAUCCAAUAGUAAUGUUCGAUAAAGGCAGACUCCAGUUAAGUACGCUGUUCUUAAUUGAUUAUAAUCAUGGGCUUUUUAUGUAUUUAAAAGAAAAAAAUUUCAAAAUCCUGCUUAAGCCUGAAUUUCACAUACUGAUAAAAGAAUCUGGGUAAUACCAUCUUUAAAACCAUUUUUACCAGUUUUCUUUGGUUUUUAACGCUUUCUUAAAUAAAACACUGCAUGACUUCCGAAUUGCGUAUUUGCAUACUAUUUUAAUUUGCAAAUUAGUUUUUAUAAAAUAUCCUGAUACUUAGUUUGUUUUUCCUUCAGGGUAUUUAAGUAAAUAUGCUACUGUAUUAGCAAAAUCUUUUUCAUUUUUAAAAUCUACUACUAAUUUUAAACUUGGUUUGUGUUAAGUAAAAGUUAAAUCAUACACUGCAAGGUGUAGGAAGAUUUGUUUUAAUAAACCCAAUGAUAUAGGUUUGAUUACUAAGUUUGAAUUGUUAACUGUUUAACAAUUUUAGACUGUGGCUUUUUUUCUUUGGUUUGUUUGUUUUUGCUUUUACUUCUAUGCUACACUAGUUUGCCAUGUAGCAGUUGCACUGUGCAAUAUUACAAUAAGGACUGGGAAAAAUUUUUAUGGAUGUAAUGUCUAUUACAGUUUGCUAUAGUAUUUCUCUCUAGUUCUCAGUGAUUUAAAUGUGACCAAGCCUUCUGUACUUUGUCACAAAAAGCGGGUUUUCCAGGUGACUCUUUUGGUGAGUGUCAAAAUAAGAAUUUAUGGUGUAUUACUGUCGAUUCACUUUGAAUUAAAAUAUAUAUAUUGCAGCAAACAGCUUGUUGACUUUUUUUCCACCCCAGUUAUGCUUACAGGGUAGGGAGAGGAAAAGGUUAAUAACAUUGAGUACCUGACUUAUGUCAUCUCAUUUGAUUUUCAAAACCACUUUGUGAGUUACGUAUUAUUAAUUUCAUUAUAUAAAUGAGGGAAUAGGCUAAAAAAUCUAGGUAACUUGUCCAAAAUCACACCAUUAAUGAAUGGUUAAUCUGAGAUAUGAACUAGGCCAUCUGACCAUAACUAAUCUACCUUCCACCAGUUCUUUUUAAAUUGAAGUUUGAGGCAGUGUACCAGAAGUACCUGCAACCACAGAAUAGGCAUGACCCAUCUUCCGUGACCAUUAAGUUUGCUCAAAUAUUUUUUGAAGGAAAUAUUUUUGUUCAGUAUGCAUGGAUGAAGAAUAUGGAAUUCACAUGAAUUUUUAAAAUACAUAGAACAUGAGACUUCAAAAGAAUGUGAUUAUAGUAGGCCAGUUUUGGCUGUGUCCUCAAACACCCCUACAGUUCAAGGAUCUAACUUUAGACAGGUGCAUCAGUAGAAAAGCUUUUUUGAGAGCACUUCACUGGAACACACCAGUAAAGAAUACGUAUACUCAAUCUAUCUCAGUAAACUUUAACUGAGUUAUAUGCAUUCUUUUGUGUCUAGCUUCUUUCGUUCAACAUUUUACUUGUGAGAUACGUCUGUGUUGUGUAUAGUUGUGGUUUAUUCUUAUUGCUGGACAGUAUUCUUUUGUGUGCAGAUACCAGAAUUUAUUUUGUUGAUGGACAUUUGAGUAGUUUUCAGUUUUUGGCGAUUGAGAUUACAGAUAGUGCUGCUAUGAAUAUUUUUGUCCGUAUCUUUCAGUGAACAUUAUGUAUGCAUUUCUUUUGGGUAUAUACCAAGGCAUGGAAUUGUUGGAUCAUGGGGCACGCAUAUGUUUUGCUUUAGUAGAUACUGUGAAACAUUAUUCCAAAGGGAUUAAUUUACACUUGCCAGCAGUAUAAAUUAAGGAGAGUUGCAGUUGCUUUAUGUCCUCACUAGCACUUUACAUUUUUUUGUUUCUUUCAUUUUAGUCACGUUGGUGGGUGUGAGUUGUUCAAAAUAGUAUGAACAUUUUCAUUUAGCCAAAGCUCUGAUCCUACAUAUAGAUGAAAUCCGGUUUUGCAGUUUUCCUUGAAAGUAAAUUGGCCUCUUGAGAACACUAAGAAGUGUUCAGCUAUUUAAAUGAAUCUAGAAAUAUAAUUUUCUUUUUUCCUAAAGGGGUAAUAGGAUGAAAAAAAUCUUUGAGCAGCCCAGACUACUUAGCCAGUACCUAACAGUGUCUGGCACAUAGUAGGUAUUCAUGAAGCAUUCAGAUAUUUUGAAGCACCCACUGUGUCCCAAGCACUAUAUGCUGGACACGUAUCAGUGGACGAAGUUCUUAUGGAUUUCACAUUUUUGUAGGGGAGAAAAACUAUAGAUAAAUACGAUAAACUCAAUUAGGGUAAGUUGGCUGAAGAAAGUAAACUAGGGUAUAGUGAUAAAGUGACACCUCUGGAAUGCCUUAGUGAGAAGGUGACAUUUGAACUGUGACAAGAAGAAAGCUAGUCAGCCAUGCAAGGGAAGAGUGUCUGGCAGAGGAAAUAGCAAGCGC